UGACGCGAAGUCCCUAAUCUGACCUUAGUGGGAUUGGGCGAGCCACAGUACUGCCAUGCCACGGUCCCAACCCCAGGGGGUCGCUCGUGCGAUGGUUAUAUUGGCCAAAUCCCGUCUGCGGGAGUCUGCGAGAAGGCUGCCACCCCCCUCCAUCUGGCAUCAUGAUGUCCCUGGCGAUCAAGUCCCUGCUCGGUGCUGAACUGUAUCCGGGCAGCCAGACCCUACACUCUCGUUCGAGUGAUGCCGACGACGAAGGCACGCCUCUCAUGAGCCCCCUGCCGAGUCUGCAGACCAAAGGACUGAUCGUCAUCUCGGCCCUGGCCACCCUGUCUCUCCUUUGCACUGUUUCGUUGCUCACAUUCUUUACCUACCGUUUCAUUUUCUGGAAGAGAUACUACAAGCGGUACAUUGGUUACAACCAGUAUGUCGUGCUGAUGUUCAACCUGGUCCUGGCCGACACCAUCCAGGGUCUGGGCUUCAUCAUCAGUCUCCGAUGGAUCGCGACCAACUCGCUGAGGGCCUCGGAUCCCGCAUGCUUCCUGCAGGGAGUCUGGCUCCAGAUAGGUGACCCGAUGAGUGGGCUAUUUGUGCUUGCGAUCGCCGCCCACACCUUCCUUCACGUCAGCAUGGGCUACCAAAUCGAACACCGGACCUUCGUUGCCAUUGUGAUCGGCCUCUGGGUCUUCGGGGUCGUCAUGACCAUCAUCCCGAUCGCAGUACACGGGAAGUACGUGUGGUAUCCCGCCGUGGCCUGGUGCUGGAUGACCCCCAAGUACGAGACCAUGCGACUGUGGACCCACUAUUUCUGGAUUUUCGCCUCGGAAUUCUUUACCGUCGUUCUCUACGCCAUCAUGUUCGUCCAGCUGCGCAAGAGGAUCGCCGAAUCGUCCAUCCUGGGCGAGCACAACGCGGAGAGUCUGCACCGACUGAAGCGCGUCAUUUUCCACAUGGCGGUCUACCCCGUCGUCUACAUCUCCCUCACGCUGCCCCUUGCCGCCGGUCGAAUGGCCUCCGCGGGCGGGAACUCCCCGAGCGUCCUGUACUUCUGCUUCGCCGGCUCGUUCAUGGCCCUGUGCGGGCUCUGCGACUCUCUCAUGUACACCCUCAGUCGCCGCAGCGUGGUGCUGGAGCCCGAGGCCCGGGUCAACAGCAGCCAGAAGACCAGUCGACGGAACAAGACCUCCGCCGCGCACCAGUAUGGCGGCAGCCUCGAUGGCAAUGGACCUACCUCGACGACUAUCGCCCGUGGUCGGAGCGAUUCCACCGAGGAGAUGAUCGGCAAGAGCGGGCUGGAGAUGACCCCGAUGGGAGUGGUGUUGCAGCAUACGACGAUCGAGGUCACCCACGAAGCGGCGUACGAUUCGGCAUCCAGCAACCUGAGUGCCAGACAGGAGAGGAAUAGCCUGUAUAACUGAGGGGGAAGGGUGGCCAAGAACAUGCAUGUCUCCGCCAGAUUUGGCGCUCUUUUAAGCAGACCCAGGACGACUAGCAGUAUAUGUGGACAACGCCAGAGAUAGGGUCGCUGGGUGGCUGAACCCCCCCAGCUUGGGUGGACUUUGAUUGAUUUGGAACUUGCGUCCCAUCCACCACACCAGUACCGGACUACCACCAAUCCCAGGCCAUU